AUGAGGGGAGGCGUGGGGAAGUGGGGAGAGGAGGGGGGAGCGGAGGGGGAAGGGGAGAAAGAGCAGGAAAAGGGAGAGGAGGAGGAAGGAGGGAAGGGAGGAGGAGAGGGAGAAGCAGAGGGAGCUGGGAAAGAGGAGGGAGGCGAGGAGGGAGGGGCAGGGAGGGGUGCUGUGGAUGAGAGAGACGGAGCUACAGCAGGGGCUGUUGCUGAGAGAGAAGGGCUGGGGAGUGCAGUAGCAGAGGAGACUGUAACGAGGAAAGAGGUGGGAGAUGGUGUUGUGGGUGGUGGUGUGGAAGGGGGUGCAAGCGGAGGGAGGAAGCAUAAGGCAAGUGGAUCGUCCAGAGGUGGGGAGCAGAGGGCGAAACCGGGCGGCGUGGAGUGGACGCUAGUGGCGGAUGUGGACGGCGAGGAGGUGCUGGCUGACGUGGCAGCAAUGAUGGUGCAGCCGCUGCGAACAGUGAAGGGGCGGCUGGUGGUUACCACCACUCGCCUGUGGUUCCACGUGGAUUCAUCUGUGCCCUUCCGAGAGAGAGGGUGCGGUGGAAAGGGCGAGACAAGUGAGAAAGGAGAGGUGGGAGAGAAGGGUGAGGUGGGUGGAGGGGAGAAGGAGGGUGGGCAGGAUGUUGCAGAGACGGAGGCAUUGGUUUCUAGUAGCAACGGUGAAAAAGGUGGCAAGGCUGGCAGGAGCGGAGGAGCGACAGGAGGAGAGCGGGCUGAGCGUGGAAGCAUGGGCGAUCGCGUCUGGCGGCUGUCGUCUGUUCGCGAAGUGCUGACUCGUCGCUACCUGUUGCGGCGCUCUGCCCUGGAGAUAUUCAUGAUCGACCGAUCCAACUUCUUCUUUGCCUUUGAGGGAGCCGAGGAGCGCAAGAGAGUGCACCGCGCCAUUGAGAGGGCCCACCCGCCGCACUUCCAGCACCUCUUCUCCGCCUCUCAGCGACCGGAGACCAUUCUUGAGAAGCUUCAGCUCACCAAGAAAUGGGUCAACAGAGAGAUCACCAACUUUGAGUACCUCAUGCUUCUCAACACUCUUGCAGGCCGAUCCUUCAACGAUGUCACCCAGUACCCCGUCUUCCCCUGGGUAAUUCAGGAUUAUACCUCCAAGGAGCUCGAUCUCACCAAAGCAGCCACGUUCCGCGACCUCUCCAAGCCCAUGGGAGCGUUGACUCAGCCUCGCCUGGCGAAGAUAAUCGAGCGCUACGAGUCGUUUGACGACCCUGUGAUCCCCAAGUUCCACCACGGCACGCACUACUCCAGCGCUGCCAUUGCCUCCCACUAUCUCGUGCGUCUCGAGCCCUUCACAUCCCUAGCUGUAUCCUUGCAAGGAGGAAAGCUAGACCAUCCCGACCGGCUCUUCCGGGACGUGGCGAGCACGUGGAGAGGGGUGACCACUGAUAUGGCCGAUGUUAAAGAGCUGAUCCCCGAGUGGUUCUGCCUUCCUGAGAUGUUUCAGAACGUCAACAGACUUGCGCUGGGAGCCACACAGCAAGGAGAGGAGAUUGGUGAUGUGGUCUUGCCGCCCUGGGCGGACAGCGCGGUUGACUUUGUGCACAAGCAGCGGGCGGCGCUGGAGAGCGAGUACGUCAGCAGCAACCUGCACCAUUGGAUCGACCUCAUCUUCGGGUACAAGCAGACGGGGCAAGAGGCAGUGAAGGCACACAACGUGUUCUUCUAUGUAACGUACGAGGGGGCAGUUGAUAUCGACUCGGUUCACGACCCUGUCACUCGUCAAGGCCUGCAGGAUCAGAUUAAGUACUUCGGCCAGACGCCCUCACACCUCUUCACCGCUCCUCACCCCAAGCGCAUUCCUCUCGACCGAGCCCUGCACCUGCAUACCAUAUUCCGCAAGCCCAACGAGAUUCUCCCCUACGUGCUCCCCCGCCCCGAGACCCUCAAUGUGCCGGCCGCCCGGCUGCACGCCACGUCAGACGCGAUCAUCACCGUCGAUCACAACGUGCCAGCCUGUCACAUCGCCGUGCACCAGUGGCAGCCCAACACGCCGGACGGCCACGGCUGGCCUUUUCUGUUCCAGCCCGGGCGGGCGUCUCUUUCGGGCGGCGCGCUCCUCCGCAUGCUCAAAAGCUCAGCCCCGGGGUUCGGUGCGGGCGGCAUAGUGGCAGGGCUAGGUAUGGGAAUCGGGGGAAGCGGCUUCGGAGGUUCGGUUGGGACAGGCGGAGGGUUGGGUGGAGCUGGUUCGGGAGUGGGGGUAGGGGGAGGAGGAGGAGGAGGAGCAGGGGACGGAGCAGGAGGAGGGGGUGGAGGAGGAGGAGGGAUGGUUUCUGAGACGUCGAUUUACCCGCGGCUGCUCGCACUCCCUGCGAGGGGCAUUCGCCGCCCAAAGGAGCUUAUGGCGAUCACGCCGGACGGCAAGAAUCUGAUCACGGGCGGCCACGCGGACUGUUCUGUGAAGCUAAUUUCACUCGAUACCACCAGAGUGGUCGAGUCAGCAGUGGUGCAUACCGCUCCUGUCACCUCCCUGAGCCUAUCUCCUGAAGGGGCGACACUGGUUACAGGGGCAGCAGACGGGACGGUGAUGCUGUGGCAUGUGAACACCUCAGCUUCGCUCGCUGCUGCUGCUUCGAGCCUCGCUGCGAGCAUGCUGGGAACGCCAGACAGUGCUGCUUCUUCUGCUUCUCAGGGGUUCUCGGGAGGGCCGCAUGACCCAUCCCUUGUGUCGUCUCCUGAAGCAGCGAGUAGGAGGGAGGAGGACGAGGAGGAGGAGGAGGAGGAGGAGGAGGCGCGGAGAAGGCGAGGCAGCGGCAGCAGCGAUUCUCCUGCUGUGUCUAGUCUCGCUGGUAGGAUGCUCUCUGGUCUCGCUGCUUCUAGUCUCGCUGCCGGCCGAGCGUCUAUAGAGCAAGUCAAGAAAAAGCUGAGGCGACUGGAGGGUCCCGUGCAUGUGCUGAGAGGGCAUACAGAUGAGGUGGUCUGCUGCGCCGUUUCCUCGGACCUAGAUAUCGCCGCCUCGUCUUCCCUCUCCUCGGGUGUUCUUUUACACUCGAUUAUGCGCGGAAAGUUUCUUCGCGCCCUGCCCGGGGUCGCCCGGGCAGACGUGCUCGCGAUUUCCCCCGAGGGGCUGGUGGUGGUGUGGGAAUUAGCUAAGCGUGCGCUAAGAGUUUUCACGAUAAAUGCCGAGCCGGUGGCGGCUGUGGGGGUUCCGGAGGAGGAUGGGGAUGUGAGUGCGGUGCAGAUCUCUGCAGAUGGGUUGUAUGUGGUGGUGGGGACGGAUUGCACCAGGGAGAGAGGGUCUGCCAUUUCGCUGCUUGAGAUCUUCACUCUCAAGGCACUGUAUCGCUUCAAGCUGCCCGAGAGCAGCGAUGUAACGUCCCUGGCCCUGUCAGCAGACAACACCAACCUCAUUUGCUCUGCUUCUGUCGUGCUCUCCCCGGGCCACCUCAUUCUCUACAGUAACCCAAUUCUAAGUGUGAAGAUGGUGGAUCAGAUGCUUAGGCUGGGAUGGGAGGGAGGAGGCCUUCAUCGUCCUGACAAGAAGCAUAGUAGACAUUCGAUAAGGUCAAUUAAGGAGCAGAAGGAAGGUUUGAAGUUGGUAACAGUGCAGGAUAACAGAGGGAAUACGCCUGUCCACGUGGCAGCUAGGAUGGGUCAUGCCUCGGUGAUCCAGUUGCUGAGGGACGCCGGAGCUGACAUGCAGGCUCGGAAUCUGGCUGGGGAGACUCCCGAGGCUCUGGUGCAGCGCCGGCUGAUGGAUUUGCGGCGCCGAGCCGCAGAAGCAGCUUUGGAAAAAGCUGGAAGCGUGUGGGGAGAGGGGAGUGAUAAUGAGGGGUACUUUGGUGGUGGUGGUGGUGGUUAUGGUAAUGGUUCAAUUAAUGCUGCUUUGUGGGGAGAUCCCGAGGAGAAUGCAGAGGCAGCAGCUGCUGAGGCUCGGUACCACAGGUUCGGGUCCCGAUCCGACAGGUUCGGGUCCCGAUCCGACAGGUUCGGGUCCCGAUCCGACAGGUUCGGUGCCGGGCCAUGGGGAGCUGAUGACGCUUGGAGGGAUGACGUGGCAGCUCAGAUGAAGAGCAGGAUGAGAAGGGACGAGGAGAGCCACCGGGCGGCAGUUUUUGGAGCGAAGCAGGAGGAGGAAGCGGACAAGAGGAGGCGGUGGGAGGAGGAGAGGAAGAUACGGGAGGAAGAAGCGAGGAAGGUUCUGGAAGCAGAACAGGCCAAGGAUAAGGCAUGGAGAGCAGCGAUUAAGGAGCAAGUACAGAAAAAGAAGACGGUACAGAAGCAGGAGGAUUAUGAUGAGCGAUGGAGGAGAUUUUAUAAGUCAUGUGACAUGGGUAUUACCAUGGCUGAUGUGCCGUUCCCAGUGGUGGGUGGGGGGGAGGAGGAGCUGAAGCAUGUGAUUCUGCAUGGCGUGCCCAGGGAGCAGCACCGGAAGAGGAUGAGAGAGGAGGUGGUUCGAUGGCAUCCUGACAAGUUUAUGCAGAAGUGGGGAUUGCGGUUACACGACAAGCACCGGAGCAGCAUUGAGAAGAGAGUGAAGGAGCUCUCUCAAGCCAUUAACAACAUUUAUGCAUCGCUCAAGCAGGUGAUUUUUCUUCGCAUCUCGUCGCAUUCUGUCGCAUUCCGUCGCCACCAGUCGCUCAUGAGUCGCGGACCCGCCAAGGAGGCUCAGGCGAAGAAGCUCCAUCGUGACAUCUGGGCCUCCGUCGCCGGCGACUCGCAGGCAGGUGAUUUCCGAGGGAGGUGCUUUUCAGGGGAGGUGGAUUGCAGGCAGCCAUGUGUCGAAUCCAUGGCAGCUAACGGGUGUUCCAUCGCAGGUGACCUUCUCCAGGAGGACUUUCUCACCUCCAUUGCUCGCAUCAACGCCGCCAUGUAUCUGCUGCAGCUGAACCUCCCCCCUCUCCUGGUUCCCAUCUCCCCGGUCUUCCGCCCCUUGUCUCCCCAGGAGGACUUUCUCACCUCCAUUACUCGCAUCAACGCCGCCAUGUAUCUGCUGCAGCUGAACCUCCCCCCUCUCCUGGUUCCCAUCUCCCCGGUCUUCCGCCCCUUGUCUCCCCAGGAGGACUUUCUCACCUCCAUUGCUCGCAUCAACGCCGCCAUGUAUCUGCUGCAGCUGAACCUCCCCCCUCUCCUGGUUCCCAUCUCCCCGGUCUUCCGCCCCUUGUCUCCCCAGGAGGACUUUCUCACCUCCAUUGCUCGCAUCAACGCCGCCAUGUAUCUGCUGCAGCUGAACCUCCCCCCUCUCCUGGAGGAUUUUCUCACUUCCAUCGGUCGAAUCAACGCCGCCCUCUCGCUGCUGCAGCUGGAGCUGCGGGCAGCAGCCGACCAGGCGGACGGCGGGCUUUGGUACGGAGUGGUGAACCGGGCGGCAGACAGCCAGGGCAAGCUGGGGACGACGUACAGUCACGAGGAGAUCCAGUACUUCAAAUGCCUCGUGGAGCACGUGGUAACCGCAUCCAACGGCUCAGGAUGCAUCUCCAGCAUCGCAGCGCUGCACCUCACCCCUGCUCCUAGCUCCACUCAGCCGAACCCAAUGCAAGACCCUCUCUCCCCAUCAUCAUCGCAACCUCCCCUCUCCCCGCCUGCCACCCGCACGCACACCCUCUCACUAGCUGACAAAGAACGCCUAAUCGCUGACCUGGCGAACAACCAUUGGCUCAGCAUCUCAAGCGAUUCGAGAGAUGGCAGUAGUGGUGGCGGCAGCAGCGGUGGUGGCGGUGGUGGUAGCAGUAGCGGUGGUGGGAGGAGGGGGGUGCAAGGGAGUGUGGGGCUGGGAGUGAGAACGUAUCUGGAGCUACAGCAGUAUUUGAAGAGCAUUGAAGGGGUGGUGGUGUGCGAUGUGUGCCACGAUGCUGCAGUGAAUGCUGUGUGCUGUGCCUCCCCAGGCUGUGAAUACCGCCUGCACCAGUACUGCCUGCCCGCCAAGUUCCAUCGAGUUAAGAAUCCCAAGUGCCCUCAGUGCGAUGCACCCUGGCCUUCCACUACCAUGGCUUGGCGAUGCAUCUUACGCGUGUGGGAGUGA